GUUCCGGCACCCGCGGCUUAUAUAGUGGGCUUGGGAUCCCGUUCGAACUGCUCUCUCGUCAUAUUCGUCGGAUCCCAAUUCCUGGCACGGCACUUGGCUCUUCGUCUGAACGGUUCCCCUAUAUUUACAUCGGGCACCCAUCGACACCUCACGUCAACAUUAAGCACAGACACUUACAGCAACACACCUCAAAGGAGUACAAAUACCAACACGACGGAACCCAGCACACACAGACGUGCUACUACCACAUAUCACCUUGAUCUCAACUAUCAACAACUAAACAUUGUACUUUCAUACACGCAAGGAUCACAUACACCUCAACAUUAUCCCAACAUGUUUGGCCGUCAGUCACAAACUCAGUUCCCCAAGCGAAGCAGCUCAGGCUACUCGUGGCCCGAGAGCGACAGCGAAGACGAUAUCGUCAUCAGGCCCUGCGCCACGAACGAGAAGGCCGAUGCCACAGUCACCAUGACCGAGUGCGUUCCGGGCCCGACGGCGGUGGAACAGACUUCUCAGUCCAGGCCUUCUCUCAGCGGCCGCCGCGCCUCCGCCGAGGAUACCAACCUGCAAGAGCUUUGGGAAUGCAUGCUUGAGCUCCAGCAACAAUAUCACUGCUACAACUCGACGCGUAUGGAGAUUGCUGCCGAUAGGGAGGACGCCAUGGACAUGAUGCCCACCAAGUAUUGCAUGGACAUGCUCAACGACUCCAUCGAGUCCCUUCCCGAAGAGGGCUGGAAGAAGCUCAGCAAGUUCCUCAUCACCGACCUGGAGCACGCCCAAAAAUCGCAAAAGUGGAAGUUCUGGAAACACCUCUAG